AUGGGUCCCAAGACGGAGAAGAGUAGUCUGAAGCGGAACCGGCAUAGUACCGGGGACGAACAGGACACGAAGAAACCUCGAAGAUCGCAGCGGAUAUCAUCCCAGACUCACAAAGAUGGCCAGCACACUCCGAUCAAGCAACAAUAUCUACCUUCGCCGUUGACUCAUAACGCGUCCACCGCUACUGAACCAGUAAAGGAAGGGACCGCAACCCCGCCUGAGGGUCGACCAAGUCAGAUUCGCCAUGUUACUCCUUUAUCAUCUCCGCAGCUCAACGCUCUAUCGUCGCCUCCACAAGACACCCAGCCGCUCUCCCAGUUCAUUUACCCUCCUCGAGACAUAGAACCGGACCUGAACGAUGACGACGGGACAUGGGGCUAUUUGUUUCCGACGGGGUCGGUAGGGCACCGUUUGACCAUGAAGGCAAGAGCAUUCUGUCCUGCACCAGAUAGACCGCUUGAGAUCGGCAGAGCGACCGUGAAGGCCAAGAAGAGGGGAAAGACAGAGCUGGAAGAUGCCGAAAUCGAAUAUGAGAAGGUGAAGGAGGCAACCGGCUUCCCAGCCGGCGGAUAUCUUAUCGGAAGACAUCCGGAAUGUGACAUGAUCCUCGAUAUUCCAACGGUGUCAAAUCGGCAUUGUCUGAUCUUCAAUGAAACACGGAAUGGUGGCACUAUAGCUGUCUUGGAGGAUUUGUCCAGCAACGGCACUUUUGUCAACGAGGCACUCGUUGGCCGCAAUAAGAGGAGAGAGUUGGAGGAUGGAGACGAAAUCACAAUUUUGGACGAGGCACGAUUUGUCUUCCGCUACCCGAAAAGUCGGGAUUCAAGCGCAUUCAACUCGCGUUACCGGAUCCUGCAACAGCUCGGCAAGGGUCAUUUUGCCACGGUUUACCUCUGUGUGGAGAGGUCGACCGGCUUCAAGUAUGCUGUCAAGAAGUUCGAGCGACGGAUGGGGGAGUCCCAGCGGUCCCAAUCUGAAGGCCUGCAACAGGAGAUCGCCGUGCUAAUGAGCGUCAGCCAUCCCAACAUUCUGUGCUUGAAGGAGACUUUUGACGAGUCGGAUGGGGUUUAUCUCAUUUUGGAACUCGCUCCGGAGGGCGAGCUCUUCAACCUCAUUGUGAGCAAACAAAAGUUGACGGAAGCCGAGACACGCAAAAUCUUCAUCCAGCUGUUCCAGGGCACGAAAUACCUCCACGAGCGGGGGAUCGUGCAUCGAGAUAUUAAGCCGGAGAAUAUCCUUCUCACCGACAAGAAUCUAUCUGUCAAGUUGGCGGAUUUCGGACUGGCCAAGAUCAUUGGGGAGGAAUCUUUCACGACUACGCUAUGUGGCACCCCGAGCUAUGUCGCACCGGAGAUUCUGGAAAACACGCGACACCGAAAGUAUACCAAAGCAGUUGAUGUAUGGUCAUUGGGGGUCGUGCUAUACAUUUGUCUGUGUGGCUUCCCGCCUUUCUCGGACGAGCUAUAUUCGCGAGAGAACCCAUACACCCUUGCGCAACAGAUCAAAAUGGGGCGGUUCGACUAUCCGUCUCCGUACUGGGAUUCAGUCGGCGAUUCUGCUCUUGACCUCAUCGAUCGGAUGUUGACCGUGGAUGUAGAGAAACGAAUCACCAUUGAUCAAUGCCUCGAACACCCCUGGACCAGGAACGUUGACUACAUCAACCCGGCCGAAUCCACGGAUGGACUGACGGGAGCCAUGGGUGCAUUGGACUUCUCUACGCGCAAGAUUCAACGCGAACGCACUUUGCUGGCGAAUAUCAAUGAUGUUAAGGUGAGCAAAGUGGUCGACAUCUCUGGACAGGAAGUGCCGGGUCAACCUCGACCGCCCGGAUCCCCUGUCCAUGUGAAAGUUUGGGAGAAGAAUCCUUCCGGCAAGAACAUCAAAGUGAGCGCGAUUCAGGACCAGAAGGCAAAUGGGCAAAAUGGCGUUGCAAAACCUACGAACGAAGAACAUCCCGCCGCCCAAAGGCAACAAGAAGAAUUCAUGCAGAUGGGCGGCCGGGGAGACAUGCAACUCUUUGGAGAUGAUGUGUCGUCAAGAUACUUGCCCGAGGAGAAACCCAAAAAGGAAAAUUGA